ACGUUGUUCCACAAGUGUUUUCCAGCGUGUAUUUUGUUGCCCAUCGGUUAUCAAAAGGAUGUCGAAAUCAAUAGUGUUUGUAACCGGAAACGCGAAGAAACUCGAGGAGUUUGUGGCCAUUUUAGGAAAGAAUUUCCCACGAGAAAUUACAAGUAGAAAAGUCGAUCUUCCGGAGUAUCAGGGAGAGGUAGAUGAUAUUUGUCGCAACAAGUGUCGAGCCGCAGCAGAUUUAGUUAAGGGCCCGGUUAUCAUCGAGGACACUUGUUUGUGUUUCAACGCAAUGAAAGGAUUACCUGGCCCUUAUAUUAAAUGGUUCUUAGAAAAACUUGGUCCAGAGGGUCUUCACCAGAUGCUUCAUGGUUGGGAAGACAAAGGCGCGGAAGCAGUCUGCACGUUCGCCUAUUGCGCUGGCGAACCGCAAGAUCCGGUUAUAUUGUUCCAAGGUCGAACUCAGGGAACCAUCGUCGCUCCUCGAGGACCACGAGAUUUUGGCUGGGAUCCGUGCUUCCUGCCUUUGGAUAGCGACAAAACUUACGCGGAACUACCGAAAGAAACGAAAAAUCAAAUUUCGCACCGCAGCAAAGCGCUGGAGAAAUUAAAAGAUUAUUUUAUGAAGGAGGUUUGAACAUUGAUCCAACGCGCCGCGUCUACGAAAGACGAUUAUUUAUAUUAUAGUAAUAAGUAACCCUAUGUAACGGCGAUAAUUUAAAGAAGUACGAUAUUUGUUAUCCAGAGGAGCUUUGUUUAUUGCACCCCGCGAUUGAUUAUCUUUAGAAAAUAUCAACGAGAAGGUUUUUUGUAUUGUUGAAGAUGACUCGACGUUAAAAACAUAUUUCUUCUUUAUCAAAAAUUUCUUUAUUAUUUAUAAAUUAUUUUUAAUACGUAUCGAUAAUUUGAUCGAUAGAUUUAAUUGAUUGUCAACCACGGGUCUACCAUUUGAUUAUUAUUUUUCUGUGAAUUUUUGUCUAUGGAUUAGCGACAAUAACAUUUAAAACAAACAGGCGAUUCAAAUGUUGACCACGGUAAUCAAUAUACCACAGAUCGCACGUAUUCACGAUAUUAUUGUUUACAUGUUUGCACAAUGACGCAACACUGUUGUUAUAUUACUUUUACGAGAAUAAACGUGCGAUUAUUAACGAUGAUAAUUUCUGUAUAUCGUUUCCGAUAAAAUGACCUAUUCUUGUAUUAUUUAUUAUUAUUCUUGUUCAUUACGAGCGACGGUAAACAUGCAAUCAUUUCUGAUUUGUUGUUUCGGGGGAUAUCGUUGAUAAAGUUAACCAAAUUCGUUAAUACUCGAAACACUGUGCUUUUUAAAUGUAAAAGAUACCUCGAGGAAAAUUUUUAACGCUCUGCCAUAUUUGUAUAGCAACAAUUCCAAUGAUUAAAUAUUGUUGCUUAUAUUCGAUCAUUAUAAUAUAAUUGUAAACUGUUGUCGACCAUUGAAUUUAUUAUAUUUCGCGCGUAGUUGCUUUCAAAGUAAAAAUACAUACAACAAAAAGUUGUGGAAAAUAAAAUUCAAAAAUUUUUUUAUUGUUAAUAUUAAGCGACUUUAAAAAUUAAACCUGCGGAACGAGUAAGUUAGGCAAUAGAUCCUGCAGGACCUA